AUGGCGAGCGUACAGGCAGAGGCUACUGUGCCAAAUGGCAGUGCACAAGUAAACGGUAACUCUCAGCAACAAAACAAGAGACCCAAUCAACAAAACAACCGACAGUGGAAACAGAAGAAGACCAAGAGAGAGAAGAACAUCACCGAGGGUUCAUCCGAGGAAGUCCUCAAGUACGAUAUCCAAGCACUACUUAAGGAGAGAGCUGUCGAGUAUGGUGAGGGAACAGAACAUGGCCCUGAAGUCCUCCCCGAGGAAGGUACUGAGACAGACGUCGAGGUCAUGGAGCUCUCAUCGACAGGAGACGGUCUUGCCAUGAAGCCUGGAUCAAACCAGGUCUAUGUUGUAUCCUUCGCCGUCCCCGGUGAUAUCGUCAAGGUGAAGGUUUUCCGUCACCUUCCUCGCGACAACCAGACCCUUGCCGACUUCAUCUCUAUCACAAAGCCCUCCCCCUUACGCGAUGACGCGCGCAUCAGCUGCAAGUACUUUGCCUCAUGUGGCGGCUGCCAAUUUCAGAUGCUUGACUAUUCUGAGCAACUCAAGCUCAAGAAGCGCAUUGUCGAAAAGGCCUUCAAGAACUUCUCCAACCUCGACCCCAACAUUGUCCCCGCUGUCCAGGAUACCAUGGGCAGCCCGCUACAGUACAGCUACCGCACUAAACUCACGCCUCACUUCGACGGGCCCCCUGGCUUCAGACCUAGCAAGAGAGGAAAGAACCCCAGGAUUCCUUUCGAGAAAUGCCCUGACAUUGGAUUCAUGCAAAAGGGUCGUCGAAAGGUGUUGGACAUUGAGGACUGUCCUAUCGGUACUAACGCUGUGCGCCUCGGUAUGACGCGUGAGCGUGAGCGUAUGCAGAAGGAGUUUGGCAACUACCAGCGAGGUGCUACAAUCCUUCUCCGUGAGAACACCCAGCGGGUGCCAAAGGAUAGCGAGGAAGUCAAUGGAGAGACGCAGCCUUAUACCGUCCGUGUGGAGAACGAAGAUACAGUUGAUAUCAAGUCGUGCAUCACCGACUCCAAGGCCACCACAACUGAAUACAUUGGACCCUAUACAUUUACCAACCCAGCUGGCUCUUUCUUCCAAAACAACAACUCCAUCCUCCCUUCUUUCACUGGCUACGUCCGCGACAACAUUCUCCCGCCUGCAGGUACCGGUAUGGAUAUCAAAUACCUCAUCGAUGCCUAUUCAGGUUCCGGCCUCUUCACCGUCACUCUUGCCUCACUAUUCCAACACUCUAUUGGCAUUGAUAUUGCCGCCGACUCAAUCGCCUACGCCAGUCGCAAUGCUGCCCUCAAUGGGAUGGGUGAGGAUCGCUGCAAGUUUAUCGCUGCUGAUGCAGGUGAGCUUUUUAAGAGCGUCACCUAUAAUCGUGACGAGACUGUUGUCGUUCUUGAUCCCCCUCGCAAGGGUUGCGACGCAGACUUCUUGAACCAGCUACGCAAAUUCGGUCCUCGGCGAGUAUUGUACGUCAGCUGUAACGUGCACACACAAGCCAGGGAUGUUGGCGUCCUUGUGCGCGGAGAAGGAGAAGGCGAGCGAUAUGAGAUCGAGAGUCUUCGAGGUUUUGAUUUCUUUCCCCAGACUGGUCACGUAGAGGGCGUUGCGAUUCUCAACAGGGUUGAUACCAAGGCAUAA